AUGCCAAGCGAUUCAUCUCCGGUAGGACAGAUAUAUUCGCGACUGAAGAAUGCAAUGCCACCAAAUCGAACGAUGGAAAUAGCAUCAAAGAAAAUUAAUUUGAAUGCUGAUGUAUUGGCCUGGGAGCAUGAAAGGUACUCGAUGAGACGUUUACCGGCUCUUACUCUUUCGCAUAUCAAAUCUUAUACAGAUGUAGCUCGGAAUUCAAUCCUGGACACUCCGUCACAGAUCGAUUUAAACGUCUUGGAGGCUAAUAUACGUACAAUUAGUGAGGCAGUAUUGGCAUAUGUACUGAAUUUGCCAACGGCAAAAUGUGCCCAGAAAGAAAAUGUAUCAACAUGUUCAAUCUUAUCAACGGGUGAUGUUAACUCAAAACGGCUAUCGAACUGGCUGCAGCAGUUCGGAAGCAAGCCUCGCCCGUUGUCCGGUGAUAAUGAAUGGUUAAUGUCCAAUCUCAGGGACACUGUAUCUAGGUACACAUCAGGACAAGUGGUACUGGAGCCAGUUCCAUUAGUUGACAUUUCACUGUACGGUGUGCUUGAAGAUCGCAUAACGGCUCAUCGCGCUAAACCAGCAGUUUUCGAGCUUCUCCUGGCUGCUUUUAUAGGUGUUUAUCUGUCAGUAUUCUAUUUUUUCACUCUUAAUUUGCACUCAACCCUUGAAGCAGCACUGGUAAAACUGAAAAAGCUAUGA